CGCUCCGGCCCCGCUCCGCUCCGCGGCACCAUGGCGCCCGCCCGCCCGCUCGCGCCCCUGCUGCUGCUGCUGCUCUGCGUGGGCCUCCCCGCAGCCGUCGCCGAGUCGAUCCGAGAGACUGAAGUCAUCGACCCUCAGGAUGUCCUGGAAGGUGGAUACUUCUCUGGAGACCUCCCUGAUGACGAGGAUAUCGGAGGGCCGGGGCAGGACAGCGAUGACUUUGAGCUGUCAGGCUCUGGAGAUAUGGAUGACUCAGAGGACCAUAGGACCUUCCCCGAAGUGAUCCAUCCCUUGGUGCCUCUAAAUAACCACAUCCCAGAGAGGGAAGGGCCUGGGAGGCGGGUGCCCACGGAAACUGGGGAACUGGAGGAGAAUGAGGUCAUCCCCAAGAGGAUCGCACCCUUUGGGGAUGAGGAUGUAUCUAACAGAGUGUCCAUGUCCAGCACCGCCCAGGGCAGCAACAUCUUCGAGAGAACGGAAGUCCUGGCAGCUCUGAUUGUGGGUGGCGUUGUGGGCAUCCUCUUUGCUGUGUUCCUGAUCCUGUUGCUGGUAUACCGCAUGAAAAAGAAGGACGAAGGCAGCUACGACCUGGGCAAGAAACCCAUCUACAAGAAAGCCCCCACCAAUGAGUUCUACGCAUGAAUGAAGCUCCUCGUGGGCACAGCUUGGACUUUUGGGGGAGGGAAUCCAGAGGAUUGUGAGUGAUGGGCAUUAGAGUUAGGGGGUGGGCACCUUCAUACUGACCCGUUGGGUGUCUCCAGCUCUGAUUGCCUCUCCAGAAUCAGAAGAGACAUCUUCCACUGUGCUGCCUCGAGCUUCUUGAUUCUUUGGGCCUUACCUUAGUUAUUCUGGCAGGAAAAAUAUAUGGGGUUACCCUUGACCUUUCUAAGGGCAAGCCUGGGGCUGGGGUUUGGGUCAUUCAAAAGAUUUUUAGAUUCAAAUCUAGAGCUUUUACUGAAUGCAUCUCAUUGGAGGGCCCCCCCCCCCUUUGUCUUCUAUAAAAUCUAGAGGUGACUUGUGUGAGUCCUGGUUAGAAGUCUGCCUGGGCUGUCCUCCUUUCCCAUUCUGUUCCCAGCCUGCCCCUCUGCCAGGAAUCAGCACAAGGCACUAGAAGGCCCUGCACCUUGGCGCCUCGAGGCCUGUCCUCCGUGGGUGCUUCUACACUACAGGAAUCUCUGUGGUAAACUUGGGGCCAUUCUAGGCUCUGUCAAGUGACUUUUAGAAAUCAGUCUUUUCUUUCUUCUUCUUUAUUAUUAUUUUUUUUAAUGUGGGGAGGGAGGAAGGGUCGGGGAGAUGUGUGGAAAGCUCACUUUGAAGUGGAUUUGUAGAGUAUUUGUAUAUCUAUUUUGUUGAAAUGACUGUUCAUUCCUUUGUGUGCAGAGUAUCUGUGCCUGGGCAAGGGUGUAGAGAUGGAGAAAUGUUUUUAUCUCGUUUUGUUUGUUUGUUUUUUUCCCACUGCCUAUGCUAAGUUUGUAUUUAAUGGUUUUGUUUUUGUUCUUAUGUGUUUCUUGAAAAUGAGAGGAGAGCAGGAGAUGUGAUUUUUAUUAAUUUUUUUUUUUUUUACUAUUUAUAGCUUCAGACAGGGCCCCUCCCUUGUUUCCUCUUUUUUUCACCCCUCUUUUGUUAAAAAAAGUUCAACACUCCCUGCUUAUGACCUUUGCCUCUUUCUGAAGCUGCUUCUUCUAAGUUAGCUUUUUGCUGAAGCCUAGUUUUCUAGCAAAUCCAGAUUCCAAAAUAUAAUAUAGUGGAUGGUGGGGAGUUUAUGUCUGUGUUCUUUCUUGUAUUAUUCUCCUUUCUUGGUUCUAGAAAAAUAGAUAAAUAUAUUUUUUCAGGAUAGACUAGGGUAUUUCCAGUUUCAUGUUGGCUGGAUGGAUGAGUGAGUGGAUUUUUGUAUGACUAGCUUUUUGUUUUUUUCCUCUUCCCUUUUCUUGCCCCAUUCUUGGUGCCUUCUCCUGACUGGGCUGGAAUGAUUGAGGGUUGAGCAUUCAAACGCUUUUUCUGCCUUCUUCCUGGGACUCGGCAGAAGGGAUUCUUGGAUUUGCUUUCUCUGAGCCACUCACACGUGGCUUGUUGAAAUCAGUUCAGUUUCCAUCAUGUGAAGGGAGAGAUAUCACCUCACAGUUGCAGUGACUGACCACACCGGAGAGCUCGGUGGCUCCCCUUCCUGGCCCUAGGAGAGGAGAGGAUUUCCACGGAUUGGGCACCUUGUGUCAGAGACCUACACUGGCAUAGUGACUCACGGCUUAGCUUUGCUGAGAAAACCCUUAUCUCCCUGGGCAAGGAAAAGGGACGGGAGCAGGGAGGAGGGCAAUGGAAAGGGCCUGUGCUCCUGGCCUCUGCCUUUUACAGAAAAGAGGCCUGGUGCAUUGGCUCAUGUCUUCUUAUGCCACUGGCUGGAGUGGGUGGGAAUCAGGUUCCUCUACUGCAUCCAGUGGCUCCUGUCAUUACCCCAGCCCCGGGUCCCAGCUGGCUGGGUCUUCUUCUGGCCCCAGUCCCCUGUAUUGGAAUGAGCACCUUUCUGUAGUCCCUCUGACACUGUUGUCUGUUACUGAUUUUUUUAUAUAUAUAUAUAAAAAGAUAAUAAAACCUGGUACGUUCUAGAC